CAGAUUAUACAUGGGGGGAGUAUGAGCGAAGUUUACAAGUUUUAAUGACUCAUUUUUUAUUUAUUAAUCAUAAUUUUUCACGAUUAUGUCUAAAAAUAUAGUAUUUGAAGGCUGGUUAACGAAAUCACCACCUACGAAACGAAUAUUUCGAACGAAAUGGCAAAAACGGUGGUUCGCUUUGCGACAAUCGGGCGAACUCCCGGGUCAGUAUUUCCUAGACUACUAUUCAGACCGAAAUUGCAGGCGACACAAGGGCACUAUCAAUUUAGAUUUAUGCGAACAGGUUGAUGCUGGUUUACACAUGGAACGUUCUGGGAAUGGGACUUUAGAUCCGAAGAUCCGUGGCUCAGUUUUCACUAUUCAAACUCAAACGAGAACUUAUCACCUAGAAGCCGAGUGCGAAGCGGAGAUGGAGAAGUGGGUAGACGUUAUCUGUAGAGUGUGUGGAUUACGAUCCACCGACGACGAUCGUCCAGAAGCCGUUGCAUCCUACCAGAACAAUACGAGAGCGGCUUCUAAUGAUCACUAUCAUCGCGCUUCUGAAACCACUGGCCCAUACAUACCGAUUUCGGAAUGUAUCACUGGCGUGCGCGAUCAGGACGACCAAAGGCACGGUACCGGUGUUGGGAAUCAUAGGUCUCCCUUGGGCAGGAUCUCGGAGAACAAAACUAACCCGAAGUACCUCAGUCAACCGCAGAUCCGUAUAACCGCAGCCGAGCUCUCAGAGAACGAAUCCAAUCCGAGCGAGGACGAUUGCAAAUCACUCAGCGCUAGUCAAUCCAAUAUGCGUGACUGGGCCGUCGCGAAGACUUUCACAAAGCUCACAAUAAAAUCGACUCAAAGGCGCGCUCUGUCUGAAGAUGGACCACCGGUGCCGCCUCGUCCACCGAAAACACUAACUAUGAACCGCGAAAUGUUCAACCGAGAGGUGCUCAUCGCUCAGAAGAUAUCCGAACCAGUCGAAUUGACCGUUGAAAGCGUUUCGGCUGUUAUUAUAUUGCAGCCUCAGUCCCAAGGGCAGGGACAUCCUUGGUUGCGCAUUCCGAGACGGUCGUCGCAGAGUGGCGCCCCUACGUCACCGAAGAAAUCCAAUCACAACCCGCACGUUCGUUUCAAUGACGAAGAAGACGAAUACGCUUCGGGACAAAUUUCACUGCAGUACUGCAACAUGCCAACGAUGCCGAAUAUGCCGCCAGCCGUAGAUCGCAACCUGAAGCCGCGUCCUUCGAGUCAUAACAUGAGCCAGAUAAGUCAUAUUAGUGGACAGCCGCAUUUGCAAAUUUACCAGCCGGCCAAGCCUCGUUCUGACGUGUUGCAGUACUUGGACCUCGAUCUCCAGGCCGCCAAGCCUGACGCCAACGGUUCCCAUGAAAUGCUGCGCAAGAGGACGGGCAUAAUACAUGGUAAGUCUAGAUCGGACUCUGAAACUCCAUACAAAACUGUGGAUUUCCUGAAGACGGAGGCCUUCAAUAUAACGAGACAGGACGCGGAAGCAUCACGGAACCUAGCUCAUUUAAGUCAUUAAACGUUAUUGUUUUUAACAAUUUAAUAAUUAUAGUACGUGCAAUACUCUAAUGCGUCACAAAUUAGUUAGUCUAAAUACUUGAUAAUUUUACCAUCCAAUAAAGAAUCUUCACUACAUAGUAUAAAACAAAGUCGCUUUCUCUGUCCCUAUGUAUGCUUAAAUCUAAAACUACGCCACGGAU